GGUCAGAUAGAGUGAUUUGCUUUGUGAAAAGUGUUCACCCAGGUGUUGUGGUGUUUUUAUCUUCUAUCAUUUUUCUAUGCGAGUUCAUUCGAAAGCGUACACCACAUGUUGUGAUAAGCAUGUGUAGAAGCCAUGGAUCUUGAAAGGGGUGUUUGAUCAUUGUAGCAGUGGAGAUUUGUCUGACUAUCACUUAGGAGAGAAUAGAAUCUGGCCCUAAAAAAGGAGAGAAAUGAAUUGGUUCUGUUGGAGUUAUAGUCCAGACAGCACUUUAGCAGAAUGUUGCCCACCACGUGAGCUCAGCUGUGCCAUGAAGCACUGGGGAGAGCAGUGAACAGAUGCCUGGAGUGGAUGGUGAAGGGAAAGCAGUGGGGGAAGGGAGGGAGACUUAAACUGUCUGUCAGGUGAAAGGAGCAGCCGUGGGGAUAAUAACCAACUGCAUGCGGGUAGGUGUCCUGCCAAAUGCCCUGGGAAUUUGCAUCAGCUUGCUGCUGCUUUGUCCUGCACUAGCACAGACAGUGUCUCACUAAAAUAUUUUAAAUCCUCUUCCUGUGCUACAUUUCUUCACCACCAUAGAGCUUUUGAGCACCUUCCUUUCCAGCAGGACUGAACUGGCAAAGGAGAGGGGAAAGGCACAAUUCUGCAUGGAGAUGAAUGAAUGACUAGCUCCAAAAGCUUUCUCAGAGCCGCUGUGCGUGCGAGAGUCCCCAGGGGGACAGGGAAUCCGGAAGAGAAACCUGAGCCACACACAUCCUGGGAACCUUCCUUCAUCCAACUCUGCCUUGCACUGGCUGUAGUGCUCAGUGCUCCCUUGUCCCGCUGAGAACUAGGCAGAGCUGCUGCAGCUGGUAGAGUGUCUUGGUUACUGAGAAGAAACGUGCGCCCUUUGCCUUGGGAAAGAGCUGUCAUGGGGACUGGAAUGAGCAAGGUUGUUGAGGGCCUCUACUUGGGAAACAUCCAGGAUUCUGAGGACCGAGAAAAUUUGACAAAGAACAGGGUCACCCACAUCCUGUCUGUGCAUAACAACGCCAGACCUGUGCUGGAGGAUAUGACCUACCUCUGUAUAUCCGUGUCAGAUUCGUCCAGUCAAAACCUGAUCCAGCAUUUUAAGGAGAGCAUCAGGUUCAUUCAUGAAUGCCGGCUCCAUGGGGGAGGCUGCCUCAUUCACUGCCUGGCUGGAGUUUCCCGCAGCACCACCAUCCUGGUGGCUUACCUUAUGACGGUGACCGACCUCAGCUGGGAGGAGUGUCUGGCUGCCACCAGGGGUGUCCGUUCCUAUGUCAGUCCCAACUUUGGUUUCCAGCAGCAGCUGCAGGAGUACGAGAGGACUCUGCUCAAGGAGUACCGAGCCUGGGUUCGACAAGAGUAUGGCAAGAACCCAUUUAACGACCAAAAAGAGCUGCAGCGCUUAAUCACUGAGCAGGAAGAGAAACAGAGAGAACAGCAGCUUGGAAGCAGGGAGAAUCACUGGAUCAACUCCCCAACACCCAAUUACCCGCUUCCCUACAAUGCCUAUGGUACCAGCACCAACAGAUGGAUGAACAGAUGAAAAAGGACAGCUAAUUCCACAGAGAUGCUAUUGCUGUUGGAUGAAGGUCUUUGCGUUCAUCUUUCAAUGAGAAUAGCUUUGAUGUUUAUGGCUAGGGUGGAGAGCAAACUGAAUGCCAACUUCCAAAACAUGCUAUGUCAAGCAGUGUUAUCUAGUGGUUAGAGCUGAUGAUUGCAAUCAGGAUUCCUGGGUUCUACUCCCAACUUUGCUACUGACUCAUAAUAUGAAUCCAGGCAAAUCACUUGAUCUCCCCAUGCGUCAGUGUAACCAUCUGUCAGGGGUGUCGACUGGUUUCACUUAUUGACGUUUGAGGGUGCUUUGAGAUCCUCCGAUGUAAGAUCCUAUGGAAGUGAAUUUCUUAAUGUUACUGAGUUGGGCUGAACCUUUUCCUGUGAAAUUUUUAGCACUAUUGCACACAUGAAGGGUGAGUGUUCUGCUUUGCCGAUGGAUCACUUUAUGAUCCUAGCUUGUUUUGUGGUAGGGCUGCACUGGAAUGACAGGCAUGCUGUCAGUUCCACAUAGAGCCAAAUUCAUUGCUGGGGUAACCAGGCAUCAAUCCACUGAAGUCAAGAGUUGCAGCUAUUUACUCCAUCAGUAGGUUUGGCCUGCAACUUGCUUUCAGGAUGUUUAGAAAACAACCAACCACCAUGUUUCAGCAAGAGGACGUGUGAUAGCUUUUGAAACUCCUUCCUAGGAGCUCUUUCCACCUGCUGGGACUUCAUCUCCUUGGUCUCUGGUUUUCCUAUUAUUACCGGUGUGAUAAAUCCCAUCAUCUCUUCAGUUGUUGGACACUGAGGGCCAAUGCAGGGCCAAGAUCUCUCAAAACGGACACAGCUACUGCUCAGUGCCACUCUCUAUUUUACUCCACACCCAGCACAGCAGAUAUAUACAGACUUCACUCACUGUCUUAGUCAUUGUCAAUUCAGAUUGACCUUACGCUACAGAUGUGCCUAUCAGAGCCUGGAUGGGGCAUCUACCCAUCGCAGAAGAAGGAAGCUUGGACUGCAGAGAGCCAGUUAGGGGUUGGGGGAAGGACGUUGGGGGAAGGAUAUCCACAGCUCUCUGAGGUCCAUAUCCUGCAAUGACGGAACAGUUGCAAUCACAUUGCUGUCACUUUCUUCAGCAAGCAGACCCAUGCCUCUCACAAACAUGCCACAGAGUCACAGAAACCAGAGAUGGAAAAGCCCAUUAGCCCACCUUUUCCACUCCCCUAGCCUUUGCGAAUGCACAUUCCCUAAUACUUGGUGAAGCCCUGUUUUAAAUGACUCAGGCAAAGGGCUUUCACCGCUUGCUUGGGGCUGGAUUGCACAAUCCCUUGGCUUCAGUAGGCCUGCUCGUGUAAGUAAAUGCUCACCAGCGUGUGUGAGGGUUGCAUAACCCAUUGCCUUGGGGAGGAGCCUACUGAUGGACCUUGCAAUCAGGAAACUUUUCCUUUUGUCCAGAUUACAUUUUCUUGUGACCUGUUUCCUUCUAUUCCUCCUCACUGGACCACCCCAAAGAAGUUCUUUGUUUCCUGGGUGUCUCCACCCUUCAAAUCCAUGGCUCAGAAUCCUGUGGAAAAUUCAUGGUCUUGGGCUCCUCACAUGUGUCCAAUACAUGAACUGAACAAAAUCCUUUCUGAGCUGUGCUCUUUUAUAACUGUAAUUCUGAAGAUUUGAUCACAAAGGCCAACAUCAAAUCUAGUCUACAACGAAGGCUCCACACCACAUUCUCAACUGGGGUAACUUGGUGUAGUUUCAUUAGCUUCUUUCCCCAUAAUGUUUGUGUUGCUGUUAUUGAAUGUUUUGACUCCAAUUGCACAACAAUGACAAUGUGACAAGUAACAGCUUGGAGUGUCUGUGCCAUGGUAAAUGUGGAGUACAGGAAGAGGUCAAGGUGUUAUCAUUUGCCUGUCUUGUCUGACAUUUAAAUAAGAUUGGAAAGCAGACAGUUCACUCAGACAAGAAAUUGUUGAGCCCCAGAAGGAUAAAGCAACAUUUCUGGUGGCAGAGUAAGAGAAGCCUGCAGUGUCGCAGGCUGUGCAGCUUUGGGUGUGUGGAUAAACAGAGUGUGUCGAUGGCAGAAGUUGUCAGCCCAGCAACUCAAAAUUCACAUAUUAUUUAUUUAUUUAUUUUUAUUUAUUUACACACAGUUCAGGCCAGGUUCUCAUGUACACCAAGACCCCUUUGCACAGCAUUGGAAGUGCAAAGGGGCUUUAAAAUGAAUGGAAAUGUAGCAAAGUGGGGGAGAUUGGAGUUGGUUCUCACCCCUUUUACCUUGCCAAGGUGGUGUGAAGUGGUGAUUAGUGUAAAUGAGAACCAGGCCCUACGCUAUUAAAAACUUUUAAAAAUCCAGGCGAGAACAAUGAUCAUAUUCAGACUUAGAUGACCUGAUCCUCCAGUCCAUAAUUCAGAAAGAUACUUAAGGAGGUGAACUUCUUGUCAACUGCUGCAAAUGGACCAUUUUGAUUAUCACUACGAAAAACUUUUGCUUUCCUGCUGGUUAUAGCUCACCUUAACUGAUCACUCUCGUUAGAGUGUGUAUGGUAACACCCAUUGUUUCAUUUUGUGUGUGUGUGUG